UUGCUGAUUUGCAGGGUUGAUAAGGAGAGCUUGAAACCAGGGGAUCACAUUUAUUCGUGGAGGACUGCUUAUAUUUACGCUCAUCACGGCAUCUAUAUUGGGGAUGAUAAAGUCAUUCAUUUUACUAGACGGGGCCAAGAAGUAGGAACGGGCACGGUACUUGAUAUCCUCUUGGUAAGCUCAGGACCAGCUAGAUCUGUAGUGCCCUGCCCCACCUGUACACCCUCUGGAGAUGGUCAUGGAGUUGUCCUCUCAUGCCUAAAUUGCUUCCUUGCUGGUGGUGUCUUGUACCGUUUUGAGUAUUCUGCCAGCCCUGCUCUCUUCCUGGCGAAAGCUCGUGGUGGAACUUGCACUCUUGCAGUCUCUGACCCAAAUGAUGUCGUGGUACACCGAGCAAAGUACCUGCUUGACAAUGGCUUUGGGUGCUACAAUGUGUUUAAGAACAAUUGUGAGGACUUCGCAAUCUACUGCAAAACUGGACUCCUUGUUGUGGAUCAAGGAACAAUGGGACAGAGUGGCCAAGCAGUAUCUAUCAUCGGGGGGCCGCUUGCUGCUGUUUUAUCAACACCAUUGCGGCUUGUGACCACCAAUGUCUAUGGGAUGGUAGCAACAGCUGUCACCGUCUACUGUGCUAGCCGAUAUGCUGCUGAUAUUGGCAUGAGGAAGGAUGUAGUGAAAGUGUCAGCAGAGGAUUUGACUAAGAAGCUUGCAACAGGUUUGCUUCAAGCCAUUGAACCACCAAUUCCAGCUGCACCUGCACCUGCACCUGCACCUGCCAGUGCUGGUUAGCAUCUCCGGUUUGUCAUCUUAUAAUUGUGAAGUUUUCUUGUGACGUAUCUUUAUUGUUUUUGUUAUCAAUAAUUUGUUCGGGAAUAUUAUCCCUUGUAUAAUGACUUCAAUGAGUGUUGAGUUGUGCAAGAUAUGUUUAUUCUGUUCAUGGCUCUACGCCAUUUUGCUACAUUUAUGAUUUUCUUCUGAUGUUAUUGUGUGUUUAAACUGAUAUGUCAACCAUUCCAUGACUUCUGUAGUA